CUGCCCAUAUAGUAUAUUCUAAUAUAUAUUCCAAUAUAUAUCCUGUAAUAUAUUCUAUAAUAUAUCUCAGUGCAUCUUUUUACUUUCUUUCUUUCUUUCUUUCUUUUUUAUAUUAUUUCAUUUUAUUUUAUUUAUUUUAUUUUAUUUCGUGUAUUUCAUGUAUCUCAUGUAUCUCAUGUCAAGUACUUAUUUUAAUCUUUAAAAUCAGCAUAAUCUUUUAUUCAUGUCUCAAAAUCCUUAUACUUCUGUCAACCACACCCUAAACACUCCCCCACCUAUUCAAGUUUACUCUCAUCCUCAAAUACAACCCCAAACAGAACCUCAAAUAUAUGCUCAACAACAAGUGCCCCAGCCUGUAAAUCACCAAGAACAGCUUGCUCAUUUUCAGAAUUCCCAAAAUCCCAAAAAUCCCAAAAAUACAUCUUCAUCUAAUCAGCCUCUCCAAAUAAACCCUCUUUCUCAAUAUUCACCAACUCCACAACCACCAAAUGAUCAAUCAUACCCUCACUCUUACAAAAAUCAACAUUUAUCCUCUUUUAAAAGAACAAGAGUAUCCGGUGACAAACUUAAACGCUUACUAGAAGAAUUUAAAAAAAAUCCAACCCCAAAUGCUUUUAGAAGAAAACAUCUAUCCCAAACCUUGAAUAUGCCUGAACAAACCGUUAGGAUUUGGUUCCAAAAUAGAAGAGCAAAACAAAGAAAACAAGAAAGACUCGAUCAAUCUUCUACUCCAAUGUCUGAUGAUGCGAUGCGUUGUUUAAUGAUAUCCUUUGAAAACUUGCCCUUAAAAUUUUCAAACAAUUAUCUACUAAUCGACUGUGCUUCCUUAACCGUUGGCUCUUGGGAAAGAAUUAAACAAGGAAAAAUAAAUGGCACCUCAAAUUUACGCUUGGUUUAUCACAAACCUGAUUUCACUUUAGCUCCAAAAUCUUUAUUCAAUUUAAUGCAAGAUUCAGUGGAUUUUUUGGUUUUUUAUUCUUCAAUAACAAAUGAAUUAAAUUACUUUUUUGCCUCAAACAUAGAUUCUAAAAGAGUCAUCUUUAGAAUUUUUUUCUCUCUAGAUAUCGUCAUUUCAACCAACUUUCAACCUCAUCUUUUUCCACCAGGCCAAAUCAUUCCAAACUCUCUAAGCAUCCUAAAACUAUUCUUAUCUGCUCCUCCAAAUUUCGCAGUUUUCUUCCCUAAUGAUAAAAAGGGCUGUCUGUCAAAUAUUUGGUCAAUUUGUGAUGAUUUUUCCGAUUCGAAGCAAGUUGCUUCAGCUUAUUUAAACAAAAAUCUUCAAAAUUCUCAAAAUUCUCAAAACCCAAAAAGUACCCCUCAUGUCCUAAAAGGUGCAACCGAUUCUUUACAAUUUUUGCAAAAUAUUAUUCAUUACCAUUUAUUAAAUACUCCAGAUUUAAAUCCUUCUUCUCCUAAUACAAACAUCAACAACUCAUCAAAUUCUCCUUCUUCAUCUUCUUCAUCUUUUUCCUCUUCUUCUUCUUCUUCACUUCCUUCAUUUCAUUCCACUCAAAAUUUUAAAAUCCAACCUUCUUUCCAAAAACCUUUUGCUCCAAUUCAAAAUCCAAAUUUAACAUCACUACCACUACCACUACCACCACCAUCAUCAACUUUUCAAUCACACACACUUCCCAUCUUGAAGCCACAACCACAACCACACCAAAAUCAAUAUCAAAACCAUAACUCUCACAAACAAAAUCCGCUAUAUUCAACAACUCAAAAUCCCUCCUCAAUUCCAACAUCCUUUGGUUGCAUAAAUACUUCACAAUCACUGUUAAAUACUCAAAAUUUAAACACCCAAAAUACUUCCGUUUUAAUAAACUCGUCUCCCAAUCUUUUAAAUCGCCAGACUAACCCAAAUUCAUUUUUGAAUUCUUCUGCAAUUAACACUAUCACCAAUAAUAAUAAUAAUAAUAAUAAUAAUAAUAAUAAUAAUAAUAAUAAUAAUAAUAAUAAUAAUCUCAAUAACAGCCAAAUUAAUUUCACCCCAAAUCUUUCUUUAAAUGAUUCUCUGGUCAAAUUGCCUCAUUUAUCUGAUAUCUCCCAAUAUUUGCUAAUUUCAAAUCCGUCAAACACAUCAAAUUUUGGUUUGACAACUCACUCAACUGCUCCAACAAGUACAUCUUCGAAUUUAAACACUACAAAUUUAAAUAAUAUUAAUAUUGAUGCUAAUAACAUUAUUCCUAAUAUUCAUGGCAAUUUCUUAAAUCAAAAACAUUCAAUCCCUAGCCCAAUUCCUUUUUCUCAAAAUAAUUCUCAACUUUUAACAAUACAGUCAUAUAAUAGCAAUAAUAAUAAUUUCAUAAGCCCUUUAGGUUCCUUUAAUCCAAAUAAUUAUCAAUUUAAGAAAACUGCCAAUCCGAAUUAUACCCAACUUAAUCAUCAAGUAAACACACAUUAUAUGAAUAUCUACAACAACAUUGAUCUUAGUAAAGAUAAAUUUCAAGAAAAUCCAGGUUAUUCGAAUCCUACAACUAACAGCAGCAGUAUAUCUUUUUUCUCACUGAAUCAGCCUUUAACCUCAGCUACUUCAAAUGUCUCAACUACCUCAACUGCUCCACUCUCCUUUGAUAGUCAGAUUGAUUAUAUUCUGCCUAGCUAUCAAUCGACAUCAACAAAUUUAUCCUUCGCUGAACCAAAUACAAAUGAAAACAUGAGAAAAUUGAGUUCUUCCACCAACUGGAAUUCCAAGUCGCCUUCUAUCAGUUCAGAUUUUAUUGCUAAAAAUCGUUAUUUUCAAUCACAUUUAAACCCACAAUAUGCUCCAAUCUCAUCCAAUAUUCGAAAUAGCGUUGAGCCUAGAGGGAAUUUAGAAAACACGAAUAAAUUUUCAAUCAGCAGCAAUUUAAAUCGCAUUGGACCUGUUAAUGGCAACCCUUUUAUCAAUAACAUUAAUGCUAAUACCACAGUUAAUAAUAACGAAUGCACAAGUAUUAGUAUUAAUAAUAUCAAAGAUGAUAACAAUGCUACUAAUAAUCAUAAUAUUAUUACCAAUAGCAAUAGUAACAACCCAACAAAUAGUAACAAUCCAACAAAUAGUAAUAAUGACAAAAAUUCAGGAACUGGUCAAUUAGCUGCACAAUCAACAGUAUGAUAAUAAUUUGAAAUUCAACAAAUUAUUUUUGUCAAUAUUCAUUUUUAUAAAUAAUAUUCCAAAUUUUAAUUCAUGAUGGUACCUUUAGGUUUUGUUUUUUUUAAGGGGAGGGAAAUAUUUCCAAUUACCCAUUUAUUUUAUGUUUAAUCACUGAUAAUUGAU